AUGAUGUCCAGUGAAGAUGAACGCUCGUUCGAUGAGGACUAUGACGAUGCUCCCACGGCGAUUCCCAUCCUUCUGGGAAGCGAAAUUCGAAUCGGAACCCUACUCGGCCGAGGUACAUUUUGCAAAGUUUCGUUGGUGAAGGACAUUCAUCUAAAAGCCCAGACCGAACCAGGCCUCGUGCAAGAAUCGAGGCAAAAACUCGAGCUAAAAUUCAAGAUUGCAGCGUCACAGGAUUCGUACCAGCAGCAGCAGCUAGAUGUUUUUGGAAGGCAACCAAAUGCACAGAAUCCAGUCAACCCCAAACCUAGAAUGGCACUGAAACAACUAAAGAACUUGUCAGAAAAGAGCAAGAAACAGGCAAAGGACGAUCUGAGGAGAGAAUGUGACAUAUUAAGAGCCAUAAAAGAAGACUGGUGUUCGCACCCAAAUAUCAUUGAGCUCCAUGCAAUAGGUGUGGAAUCGUCAAAAGAGUUUCACGACCGUGACAUACGGCCCUCCUUUUUGGUUCUUUCCAAGCUUCGGUGUACAAUGGUUAGCUUCAUGACGAAAUGGAGGGAACAACGAGGACUUGGUGUUAUGGAGUUUUUUGGAAUCAAUAUCAAAGAAUCCCAAGAUAUGUGGUUGGAACGUUUGAUGGUAUUGUCACAAAUAGCCGAUGCAAUUCGAUUUCUUCAUUUGCACAAUGUCAUAUUUCGUGACAUCAAGCCUCAGAACAUUGGAUUCGAUGGCGACAACGUGCCAAAGCUCUUUGAUUUUGGUCUGGCCAAGCGGGUCUAUUCCGUGGAAGAAAACUAUAAACUGACUGGCAACACAGGAACCUUACGCUACAUGGCACCAGAAGUUGCCUUGGAUCAACCGUAUGGAAUGGACGUGGACAUAUACUCCCUCGCAAUAUUAAUGCACGAGGUGCUAUCCCUGAAGAUUCCAUUCGUAGAAGUUCCAGCAAGCGAGUUUCGACAUGAAGUAAUAGCAAAAGGCAAACGUCCUCCUUUGGAUUAUGGUUGGCCAUCGCCACUGAGUGGGUUGAUGGCGUCCAUGUGGCACGAGUCGCCAAGUAAGAGGCCGCCGUCAUCCGAGGUGUGCAAAAUGCUAACGCUCAUGCUUCGAGGGUCAGAUGCAGGUCUAUUUCCUGAUAGAAUAGUAAUGUAG